GGUAGGAGGGGCAGGAGGAGGGAGGGUGGGGAGAACUUAGAGCAGGAGCAGAGACAGAAAGACAGACGGAGGGAGAGGGGGAGAGGGAGAGACUGACUCACGGGAAGAGAGGAAAACAGAGAAAGAGAAGGGAACAAAUAGAAAAAGAGAGGCAAAGAGAAAAGAAAGAGUCAGAGAUAUAUAGAGAGAGACACAGGAGGACAGAAGCACACGCAGGAGGCAGGCAGGGGCACUGCACUAGCCACAGGCAGAGGCUGGGGGAUGGCCUUGGGGAUCCCCAUCAGGGCUUCCCUGCUCUUCAUGAGGCUGCUGACCACAGGCCUGGCCCAGUUGCCUAUUCCUGCCUCAGCCCCCCGAGGCUUCUGGGCUCUGCCAGAAAAUGUGACAGUGGUGGAGGGCGCUGCUGCUGAGCUGCGGUGUGGGGUCCGGGCCCCUGACAGUGUGGUGCAAUGGGCCAAAGAUGGGCUACUCCUAGGUCCUGAUCCUAGGAUCCCCAGCUUCCCAAGGUACCACCUUGAAGGCGACCCCACUAGAGGUGAAUUCCACUUACAUAUUGAAGCCAGUGACCUCAGCGAUGAUGCAGAGUAUGAAUGCCAGGUCGGCCGCUCAGAGACAGGCCCAGAGCUGGUGUCCCCCAGAGUGGCCCUGUCCAUCCUGGUCCCCCCUAGGGUGCUUCAGCUGACCCCUGAGGUAGGGAGCACAGUCACGUGGGUAGCUGGGCAGCAGUACGUGGUCAGCUGUGUGUCCGGGGACUCAAAGCCAGCACCUGAUAUCACCUUCCUCCAGAGUGGACAAACAAUUUCUGACAUCUCAGCCAGUGUGAACGCAGGGUCCCAGGAGAAACUCUUCACCACAGAGGCCACAGCCAGGGUGACACCUCAGAGCUCAGACAAUGGGCAGUUACUGGUCUGUGAGGCAUCCAGCCCGGCGUUGAACACCCCCAUCAAGGUUUCAGUCACCAUGAAUGUUCUGUUUCCCCCAGGACCCCCUGUCAUUCAGUGGCCAGGCCUGGACGAGGGGCACGUGCGGGCAGGGCAGAGCUUGGAGCUGCCAUGCACCGCCCGAGGUGGGAAUCCGCCAGCCACGCUGCAGUGGCUAAAGAAUGGCCAGCCCAUGUCCACAGCAUGGGGCACGGAGCAUACUGAGGCAGUGGCCAGCAGCAUGCUAGUGAUGGUGGUGCGGCCAGAAGACCAUGGGGCAAGGCUCAGCUGUGAGGCCCACAACAGUGUGUCCACAGGGACCCAGGAACGUGGGGUCACGCUGCAGGUCACCUUUCCCCCCAGUGCCCUUACCAUCCUGGGAUCUGCAUCGCAGUCUGAGAACAAGAAUGUGACGCUCUCCUGCAUCACCAAGUCUAGUCGCCCGCGGGUCCUGCUGCGAUGGUGGCUGGGCUGGCGGCAGCUGCUGCCCACAGAGGAGACUGUCAUGGAUGGCCUGCAUGGUGGCCACAUCUCCAUGUCCAACCUGACGUUCCUGGCACGACGAGAAGACAAUGGUCUGACUCUCACGUGUGAAGCCUUUAGUGAGGCCUUCACCAAGGAAACCUUCAAGAAGUCGCUCACCCUGAAUGUGAAAUAUCCUGCCCAGAAGCUGUGGAUAGAAGGCCCUCAAAAGGGGCAGCACCUCCGGGCUGGGACCCGGGUGAGGUUGGUGUGUUUGGCCAUUGGAGGCAACCCAGAUCCUCCCCUCACCUGGUACAAGGACUCGCGCACUGUGACCGAACCGCGGCCGCCCCAGGAGCCGCGGCGGGUGCAGCUGGGAAGUCUGGAGAAGUCGGGAAACACCUUCUCCCGCGAACUGGUGCUGGUCACGGGUCCGUCGGACAACCAGGCCAAGUUCACGUGCAAGGCGGGCCAGCUUAGCGCGUUCACGCAGCUGGUGGUGCAGUUUCCCCCAACUAACGUGACGAUCCUGACCAACGCGUCGGCUCUGCGCCCCGGGGAUGCCUUAAACUUGACUUGCGUGAGCGUUAGCAGCAACCCUCCUGUCAACUUGUCGUGGGACAAGGAGGGGGAGGGGCUGGAAGGCAUGCCUGCCCCGCUCCGCAGCGCCCCAUUCAAAGGCUCCUACGCCGCCAGGAGCGUCCUUCUGAGAAUGUCAUCCCGCGACCACGGCCACCGAGUGACCUGCCGCGCCCACAGCACCGAGCUACAGGAAACCGUGAGCGCCUUCUACCGCCUCAACGUGCUAUACCCUCCAGAGUUCUUGGGGGAGCAGGCGCUUGUGGUGACCGCAGUGGAGCAGGGCGAGGCACUACUGCCCGUUUCGGUGUCUGCCAACCCCGCCCCAGAGGCCUUCAACUGGACCUUCCGCGGCUACCGCCUCAGCCCAGCUGGUGGCCCCCGGCAUCGCAUCCUGUCUGGUGGAGCUCUGCAGCUAUGGAAUGUGACCCGCGCUGACGAUGGCCUCUAUCAGCUGCACUGCCAGAACUCGGAGGGCACCGCUGAAGCGCUACUGAGGCUGGAUGUACACUAUGCUCCCACUAUCCGAGCGCUCCAGGACCCCACUGAGGUGAAUAUUGGGGGUUCUGUGGACAUAGUCUGCACUGUCGAUGCCAAUCCCAUCCUUCCAGGGAUGUUCAAUUGGGAGAAGCUGGGAGAAGAGGAGGAGGACCAGAGCCUGGAUGACAUGGAGAGGAUGUCAAAGGGGUCCACUGGGUACCUUCGAAUUCACCAUGCCAAGCUGACCCAGGCUGGUGCUUAUCAGUGCAUUGUGGACAAUGGGGUGGCACCUCCAGCCCGAGGGCUGGUCCGUCUUGUUGUCAGAUUUGCCCCCCAGGUGGAUCACCCCACUCCCUUAACUAAAGUGGCUGCAGCUGGAGACAGCACCAGUUCUGCCACUCUCCACUGUCGUGCCCGAGGUGUUCCGAACAUCGCCUUCACUUGGACCAAAAAUGGGGUCCCUCUGGAUCUCCAAGAUCCCAGGUACACAGAGCACACAUACCACCAGGGUGUGGUCCACAGCAGUCUCCUGACCAUUGCCAACGUAUCUGCAGCCCAGGAUUACGCCCUUUUCACGUGCACAGCCACCAACCCCCUUGGCUCGGACCACACCAACAUUCAACUCGUCAGCAUCAGCCGCCCUGAUCCCCCAUCAGGAUUAAAGGUCGUGAGCAUGACCCCAUACUCAGUGGGGCUGGAGUGGAAGCCUGGCUUUGAUGGUGGCUUGCCACAGCGGUUCCAAAUCAGGUAUGAGGCUUUGGGGACUCCAGGGUUCCUCUACAUGGAUGUGCUACCUCCCCAGGCCACUACCUUCACACUGACUGGGCUGCAGCCUUCUACACGAUACAGGGUCUGGCUGCUGGCCAGCAAUGCCCUGGGGGACAGCGAACUAGCUGACAAGGGAUCCCAGAUCCCUAUCACCACCCCAGGUCUUGAUCAGCCUUCUGGAGAACCUGACUACCAGCUGCCCACAGAGCAGCCUUCAGGACCCUCGGGGCUGCCCCAGCUGCCUGUGCUGUUUGCCAUUGGAGGUCUCCUGCUGCUUUCUAACGCCUCCUGUGUUGGGGGAUUCCUCUGGCAGCGGAGACUGAAACGUCUUGCUGCAGGCAUCUCAGAAAAGACAGAAUUAGGGUCGGAGGAGGACAGAGUCAGGAACGAAUAUGAGGAAAGCCAGUGGACUGAAGACCGGGACACUCGAAGCUCCACAGUUAGCACAGCAGAUGUAGAACCAUAUUACCACUCCAUGAGGGACUUCAGCCCCCAGCUGCCACCGACGCUGGAGGAAGUGUCGUAUCCCCACGGGUUCAGAGGUCUUGAAGAGGAGGAUAUGGACCCUCCUGGGCACUUGUAUGAUGAGGUGGAAAGACUGUAUGCGCCAUCCGGAGCCUGGGGACCCCUCUAUGAUGAAGUGCAGAUGAGUCCCUAUGACCUCCACUGGCCUGAGACAAAGUAUGAGGAUCCAGGAAGAAUCUAUGAUCAGGGGGCAGGAGAAUUGGACCCUGUGGAACCUGAUGUUCUACCUUUUGAGCUGAGGGGACACCUGGUGUGAGAGCCUUCUCAACACCCUCUUCCUACACUUACAGGACAUAAUAUACAAUGGUCCUCUUCAUUUCAGCCUGGGCUGAGCUUGUUAGGUGAGUUCCAUGAGAUACAAAGGGAUUGGGUUUUUUCAGGAAAGGACACAGAGGAGUGUGUACGUGACCAAGGAUGAUUCAAGCUGGUGUCAACAACUCCUCCUGGAAUUGGCUUUAGAAACUAAACUUCCCCAAAGGGACACAAUAAAUUGUAAAGGACAUCUCAAUAACUAAAAGCUUUUCUGAGGGUCUUUAUGCUCAAUAUUUCGAGCUAUGAGUCUAUGCUGUAUUUUUUAAAGUAAAAUUUUUCAGAAGUAGGAAAAGACAUCUUAAAAAACUCAGUUCAUUUUGAAUUCAACUACAUUUUGAUUUCAACUACAUCUCAAUAGUAAGUUGAACUUUUGAACUAUUAUUAUGUCCUCUUUAUUAUUUUUGACAGUUAUCUAAAACAUGACGUAUAGACUAUGACAUAUGUAAACAUAAGUAGAUUCUAUAGAAAAUAAAAUAAAUUCUAUUAUAACAAGGUAAAUGCAAAAGAAUAGAUACUGUAUGAGUUCACUGAUAGAAAUUGUAGAACAGGCAAAGCUUAUCUAUGGUGGCAGAGCAGAUCCAUGGUUGCCUGGAGCCAUGAGAAGGGAACGGACUGCAGAAGGGCAUGAGAGAACUCUUUGGGGGGUGAUGGAAAUGUUCUAAGUCAUGAUUGUAAUGGUGGUAACAUGGGUGUAUAGAUUUGUCAAAACUCAUUGAACUGUACAAUUAAAAUGGGUGCAUUUUGUGGUAUACAAAUUAUACCUCAAUAAAGGUGAUUUGUAAAACAGGCUUUAUAAUAAA